GUGACCGUGAGCCUCUGUGUGGGCGCUGGCCAUGGAGCCCAGUUAGUUUCCAUGGCCGAGCUCCCUCAGCGGCCUCAGGUUGCUCCCCUACGACCAACUAUUCCCGGAUUAAUGUCUCCAUCUGCCCGCUUGUGCCUUUCAAGUUCGGUGACCUACGACGAUGUGGAUGUGACCUUCACCCGGGAAGAGUGGGCUCUGCUGGAUCCUUCCCAGAGGAGUCUCUACCAAGACGUGAUGCUGGACACCUACCAGCACCUCACAGCCAUAGGCUACAGAUGGGAAGACCGUAAUAUCGAAGAACCCUGCCAACAUUCUAGAAGAUACGGAAGAGGUGCAUUUCUCGGAUGCAGCAGAGUGUCGCGUCCUGGAACCAUUCUGUUGGUCUGUGGGUUUUCAUUGGAGAGCUGAGUCCCUUGAUGUUGAUAGACGGUACCGACCAAUGAAUGUGAGUCCCUUUUCCUGUAGAGUUGGUGCUGUUAAUAUGACCCAUUGCUUGUUCUCUUUUCAUUUUCGCUGCGAAGUGAUCUGUGUCCCGUUUUUCCCCGGCUGUAGUUGUCUCCAUUGGAAUAGAGUUUCUCUUCCAGGAUCUUCUGUGUGUCUCGGGUUCUGUGUGGAGAUGGUUUAAAUUUAGUUUUGUCAUGGAAUAUUUUGUUUUCACCUAUGUGGAGUGAAAGCUUGGCUGAGUAGAGUGGUCUGGGUCGGCAUCCGUAGUCUGGUAAAGUCUGCACGACCUCUGCCCAGGCCCUCAGGCUUUCAUGGUUUCUGUGGAGGCUUCUGGCGUGAUUCUGAUUGCUCUACCUUCAUCUGUUACUGGGCCCUGUUCCCUUGCUGCUUUUAAUAUCUUUUCUUUGUUCUGUAGAUUUGGUGCUUUGACUACGAUGUGACCUGAGGAGUUUCUUUUUUGGUCUAGUCUGUUUGGUGUUCUGUUUGUUUAUGGACAUCUCUCUCUUUAAGUUGUGGGAAAUUCCUUCUGAGUUUCUUGAAAAUACGUUCCGGACCUUGGAGCCUGGAAUCUUCUUUUUCAUCCAUCCCUGUUAUUCUUAGAUUUUUGUCUUUACGUGGCAUCCUUGAUUUCGUGGAUUUUUCUGUUUGGAACCUUCCCGAUUCUCCAUUCUCAUUGAGAGAAGUAUCAUUUUCUGCAAGUGGAUCUUCAGGACCUUGGAUUCUCUCUUUCAUCUCUUGUAUUCAAUUGCUGAUGCUUAGCUCUGUGGUUUCCGAUCUUUUCUCCAAGUCCUCCAUCUCCAGGGUUUUCUCUGUUUGUGUUUUCUCUGUUGAUUCUAAUUCUGUUUUCAUGCCUUGCACCAUUUCCUUCAUCGGUUUGAAUGUGGAUUCCUGUCUUUCUGGGACGGUGUCUAUUUUUUGUUCAUUUCUGGUCUGUAUGUCACUAACUGUGCAUCUAUUUGAGCCUCUAUUUGUUUGGCCAUAUUUGCCUGUAUUUCCUUAAGA